AUGGAAGUGUUGGCAAAGCACAUACUUUGCUCUAACAAUUGCCUGAAUUUGAUCAACAUUCUUGCUGAAGUUUCUCAGACAGGAAAGCAACGGCAUAUACCAUACAGAGAUUCCAAGUUGACAUUUUUACUGCAAGAGUCUCUUGGAGGAAAUGCAAAAUUAGCAUUGGUUUGUGCUAUUUCCCCAGCACAAAGUUGUAGGAGUGAAACUUUUAGUACACUGAGAUUUGCACAGCGUGUCAAAGCUAUUAAGAAUAAAGCAGUUGUUAAUGAAGUAAUGCAUGAUGAUGUGAAUCAAUUGCGAGAGGUGAUACGCCAACUCAGGGAUGAGCUGCAUCGAGUUAAAGCAAAUGGUUACAGUCCAAGUGAUGGAAAUGGAGUUCAUUCAGCAGCUUUGAUCCAAAGAAGUUUGAAUUUAUUGCAGUCUAGCCUCAAUUACCCAUUAUCACUACCUCAUGUCGAUGAUGAUGGUGAUGAAGAGAUGGAGAUUGAUGAGGAAGGUGUUGAGGAUCAUGCUGUAGUUCUCCACAAUUCAAAUGGAGGUUUUGCUGGUUUUUCACCCAUUAAUGGAUCUGUUGGUUCUCCUACUGCUGCAAUGAAUUGUGACACCCCUGCUAGCCUCAGCAUAGUUCAAUGCGAAACAUCCCACAUUCUCAAAUCCCCAACUCCCGGUCUUUCACCACCAAUCAGCAGCAGCAGGAAAAGUUUGAGGACCUCGUUAAAGCAGUCUCCUUCUGAGAAUAAUCAUCAUGGUGAAAGUGAUUUAGGCACAAAAACUGUUAAUCAGAAAUGCAUGUUUACUUCUCUGUCUAGUCAAACAGCUCCAAAUUUCCAUACUAAAACUGAAAAUUUAGCAGCAAGCAUCCACCAUGGUCUUGAAAUUAUUGAUAGCCACCGUAAUGGUGCACCAUUAUUGAGUCUCUCAUUGAGACCCAAAGAUUCCAGGCUAAAUUUUCCUGUGGACAAAGUUGAUGUGGGAGUCCAGACUUUUCUUGAUGAUAGUGCCAAGAUGGAAGACUAUGCUAUGUUUACCUGUAAUAACUGCAAAAGCAGAAUGCAGCUUGAUGUCAAUGAGAUUGACAAUAGCUCAAAUGUGGAGGUGGUACCUAUUAAAUGUCCGGAGUCUACUGAUAAGCCAAAGAGGCAAAUUCUGAAAGCAGUAGAGAAGGUUUUGGCAGGAUCCAUAAGGAGAGAAAUGGCACUUGAAGAGUUCUGUGCAAAGCAGACUUCUGAGAUAAUGCAGCUCAAUUGCUUGUUGCAAAAGUACAGGCAUGAGAGAGAAUGCAAUGCCAUAAUAACACAGAUAAGAGAAGAUAAAAUUAUUCGCCUUCAGAACCUUAUGGAUGGUGUUUUAUCCACCAAGGAGUUCAUGGAUGAAGAGCUGGUGUCCCUCACACAUGAAAACAAGAUUUUAAAGGAGAACCACGAGCAUGAUCUAGAAGCUCUGAAGAUGAAGAUAGAGUUAAAAAGAGUACAAGAUGAGUUACAAGAGUAUCAGAAUUUUUACCAAUUUGGGGAGAGGGAAGUGUUGAUGGAAGAGAUAUGUAAUUUAAGAAAUCAGCUUCACUUUUACGUCGACUCUUCAUCUACAUCCACAACAAAGCAAUAUCCGCUAUUGCAAUUGACUAAUUCAUCUGAACCUAGUUCGGCAGCAAACCUCACUGCCAUUCCAGGUUCAACAGAGGCCAGCACUGAGGCAAAUGCAAAUCCAGAAUCAACUGAAGACAGUGCCAAAGUAAAACUUGAGCAAGAAAAAAGUCAAUGGACCGAGGCAGAAAGCAGGUGGAUUUCUCUAACCGAAAAACUGAGAGCUGAACUUGAAGCUAGCAAGUCACUAGCUGAAAAGAGGAAGCAGGAACUAGAUACCGAGAGGAAGUGUGCCGAGGAACUGAAUAAAACAAUGCAAAUGGCUAUAGAGGGUCAUGCUCGAAUUUUAGAACAGUACGCUGAUUUAGAAGAGAAACAUAUCCAAUUGCUUGAAAGGCAUAGACAGAUCCAGGAUGUAAUUGAUGAUGUCAGGAAAGCAGCUUCCAGAGCAGGAGUAAAAGGUGCAGACUCUAAAUUCAUAAAUGCCCUUGCUGCAGAAAUUUCAGCAUUAAAAGCAGAUAAAGAAAAAGAAAGGCAAAUCAUAAUAGAUGAAAAUAGAGGUCUUCGGUCUCGAUUGAAGGAUACUGCUGAAGCAGUGCAAGCAGCAGGUGAACUUCUUGUGCGACUUAAAGAAGCAGAAGAAGGUUCCAUUACCGCACAGAAGUGGGCGAUGGAUGCAGAGCAGGAAGCUGCAAAGGCCUACAAACAAAUUGAUAAAUUGAAGAAAAAACACGAGAAGGAGAUUACCGCACUUAAUAAGCAGUAUGCCAAAACACAUUUGCCUAAUGAAGAAAUACAACCUACUUUUGAUGACACCAAGGUGCCACAGAAUGUUGAUAGUCAAUUUGAGUUAUUUUGUAACGAAGAGGAUAGUGAGCUUGCAAAAUUGGCAGAACAGCCGUGGUUCUCUGGUUAUGACACAUGCAACAUAUAGAUUAAUCUUCCAGCUUGUGUUCAUUCGUUCAUAUGAUUUGUUCAAUAACAAAAGCCUUAUUCCACUGGGUGUUCAUAUGA